AGCCAGUUAUCGGGGUCUAUAUAAACGGACAUCUGGCAGCUUUUCAGCUUCAGUUUCGCGACGACUCCCAGCCAGCCGGUCUCUUUUCCAGUUCUUAAAAGUAUAUAUACCUUCAUUGCUCAAUAUGGCCGAUCCCAACGCCAAGCCCAAGUACACAAAACUCUUCAUCAACAAUGAGUUCGUUGAUUCGGUGUCUGGAAAGACCUUUGCCACUUUCAAUCCGGCGACGAACAAGGAGAUAGUCAAAGUCGCCGAGGGAGAUAAGGCUGACAUAGACCUGGCUGUGCUCGCGGCCAAGAAGGCCUUCCAUCGCGACUCGGAAUGGCGCAAGUUGAGCCCCCUGCAGCGCACCACUCUAAUGAACAAACUCUGUGCCCUAAUGGAUCGCGACAAGGCCUUCCUGGCCAGCUUGGAGUCCCAGGACAAUGGCAAACCCUAUGCCGAGGCCCUUUUCGAUGUGACCUACUCGGUGCUGACCCUGCAGUAUUAUGCCGGCUGGACGGACAAGUUCUUUGGUGACACCAUUCCCGCUGGAGGCUUCACCUCGAUGACCCGCAAGGAACCCAUUGGCGUGGUGGGCCAGAUCAUCCCCUGGAACUACCCCCUGCUGAUGCUGGCCUGGAAGUGGGGUCCAGCCCUGGCCGUUGGUUGCACCAUCAUCAUGAAGCCCGCGGAGCAGACUCCUCUGACUGCCCUCCACAUGGCUGCUUUGGCCAAGGAAGCGGGCUUCCCGGCCGGAGUGAUCAAUGUGGUGAAUGGAUUUGGUCCCACUGCCGGAGCUGCCAUCAGUGAACAUCCCGAUAUAGCCAAGGUGGCUUUCACUGGCUCCGUGGACAUUGGCAGGAUUGUGAUGCAGGCGGCGGCCAAGUCGAACUUGAAGAGGGUCUCCCUGGAGUUGGGCGGCAAGAGUCCCGUGGUGGUAUUCGAUGAUGCAGAUAUUGACUUUGCGGUGGAGACCACCCACGAGGCCCUGUUCUCCAAUCACGGCCAGAGCUGCUGUGCCGGCAGUCGCACCUACGUCCACGAGAAGAUCUACGACGAGUUCGUGGCCAAGGCAGCCGCCAAGGCCAAGGCCCGCAAGGUGGGCAAUCCCUUCGAGGCGGAUGUGCAGCAGGGUCCCCAGAUCGACCAGGAGAUGCUGACCAAGGUGUUGGGCUACAUCGAGAGUGGCCAGAAGGAGGGAGCCAAGCUGCAGGCUGGCGGCAAGAGGAUCGGAAAUGUCGGUUUCUUUGUGGAGCCCACUGUCUUCUCGGAUGUGAAGGACACCAUGCGCAUUGCCCAGGAGGAGAUCUUCGGGCCCGUGCAGUCGAUCUUCAAGUUCAGCACCCUGGAGGAGAUGAUCGAUCGGGCCAACAAUGUGCAAUAUGGCCUGGCCGCCGGCGUUAUUACCAAUGACAUCAACAAGGCCCUGAAGUUCGCCAACAAUGUGGAUGCGGGAUCCGUGUGGAUCAACUGCUACGACGCCGUCCUGCCCUCCACUCCGUUCGGUGGCUACAAGCACUCGGGAAUUGGCAGGGAACUGGGCAAGGAUGGUCUGGACAACUACCUGGAGACCAAGACCAUCACCAUGAAGCUGCUUUAAGCUGGAACUUAAAGGGGGUUCUUUUUUGUACACAUAUUUGAAUUUUAUUUGCACUGGUUUUCGCUUUCGUCAAUGGUUAGACUAUUGCAUUUUUUAAAUAAAACAGUUGGAUUAAA